AUGUCUACGGUCCACAGGGUCACAAGUUCGACCCCCGCCUCGGCCCAACCAAUGUUGGUAGUGGGAAACAACGACUUCAAAAAUCCCCAGCCGUCACACACAAGGACGGAUAUGUUACUCCAGCCAGUUUACUGAUUAUCAGAAUAGGACCUCGGCUAAUCGACUUGGGGCGCCGACUUCGUUCAAUCGGUACAAAGGCGUAGGAAGAAGAAGAAGAAUAAAAGUUUGUUUAUUUUUUUUUUCCAUCGUAGGUCGAUUUUAAAAGCAUUUCUUUUUGAAGGGGGUUUUUUUUGAGAUGACUCAACCAAAAAAGCUGAGUGCUCACUAAGGACACAAGCUUUUAAGACUGUUGCUUUUAGCAACGGCUGAAUGUACUAUUGCUACGACAACAAAAAGCUCUUCAAACCGACGAAAUAUUACGUUUUUUUUCCCGAUUGCUUAAAAAAAGAUGUUUCUAUCUUCGAAGCUCCGCAAGGGAUGUUUUUUUUUAAUAUUUUUAAAAUUAGAAAAGAAAAAGGUAUCUAGAAAAAUUCAUUUAAAACGGAAGAUUUCAUACAUUUUUUUUUCUCCUAACUUCGAAGCUCGAACUCGAACGGUCAAAACUUUCAAUUCCAGUGACAAAUCUGGCAAGGGACACAAGCAAAAGAACAAAAAAUCAUGCACACAGUGUUCAACGAAAAACACCGCCAACCGGAUUCCUAAAGCUCUUUUUCUCGAUUCCUUCAGUUCUUCUAUUAUCUAGCUGCUUAUUUUUGUUUUGAUCUUCCUUCCUUUUAAACGUGAGCUCAAAUCAGUUAUUCAAAAAACCUUUCUGAAGUAUUCAUAAACUCUAAAAUUAUACUCCAUCAGCUCUAACUCAUCAGAAUUUCCACGUCUGUUUUCAUUUUCGAAAGUUAUUUCAAGUCCCAACACCAGUUUUUUUAUUUGUAGGUGAGCUUAGAUUAUUCAACCUAACCCAAACGGCAUGACACUAUUGCUCGUUCGCCAAAGAAUCUGAUAUCAAAGUCAAAUAAAAACGCGUCGAUCACUUGGGCCGUUUCCUUUCAUUUUAUUUUUCUUUCAACGAUUGUUGCAGAAAAUUCAUAUCGAACAAAUUUUCGAAGUUAUAGUGAAGCAUAGUUCCGAUUACAAGCUUAUUAUUUUUAAAAUUUGCUCGGAAGCGCAAUUUUGAAUUCAUGUUGUUUCCUGACUGGAAAAUUUUCCAUAAAAUAAGCACUUUUGAAGCCCGAAAAGUUUUUUUAUCAUUAUAUUUUUCAAAAAAAGCUUUUAGCGAGUUUUUAACAGCUUUUCAGCCUUUUGGAGCUCGAAAAAAGGUUUGAAACUCGGAACUUCAUGACGCUAUAAGUGGUGCUGAAAUCGGCCUAAAGAAAAAUAUCAACCAAUAUUUUCGGGCUCGAAAACUUUGAACAAGAACUUACAACAGCGAUGUAUAAAUUUGUCCGAGAAUACUAAGGAUAAGUCGGUUUAUACUAUUUCAAACAGUGAUUCAACAAACUGCUCUCUGGCUGGUCCUUGAGCGGCUUCUUUCUUUUCUUUUUCCUCUUUCUCCCUCUGUGACCACUUAACCUAUCGAAUUUAAACUUUUUUUUUCCCAGAAGAAAAAUUUACAGAUGAACAAUGGUUUCUUGAUUGGCUUGGCAAUUAUUGUAGCUUUGGCAAAUGCCCAGAAAUUCGCAUUUGUGUCACUGUUAUCCUCAAACGAGUAUCUCACCACUGCUAAAGUUUUAGGUGAGUAGAUCGAGGUACUCUUCGCCUAUUUGACGACUUUUCAGGUCACAAAUUGAAACUUCUGAACGACUCAGUGCCUUAUGUCAUAAUUGUGACAGAAGAUAUAACGACGAAAACCAGGAGCUCUUUGCAAUCUCAGGGAAUCAAACUACGCGAGUUUCCAAAAAUCGACACUCCAUACUUGUCCACUCACAAGGCGAGGAAAUUCCAGGUUUUUUUUUUUAUCGAUCCAAACGUUUCAAAAUCGGCUUGAAUUGUAGUACACCAAAAUUCGGCCCUGGUCAAUGACUGAAUACGACGUUAUAGUUCAUCUGGAUCUCGAUUUGCUGCCCGUCGAAGAUAUCACUCCAUUAUUUUAUUGUGGAACGUUUUGCGCCGUUUUCCGACAUUCCGAUAUGUUCAACUCUGGCGUUUAUGUCCUAAAGCCAAAUAACUCUGUAAGUCUUCAUCUCGGAAAAAAAAGCCGCACAUAGUGAGCAAUGUUUGUCUAUUAUUUGGUCUUUCUGUGGUUUUGCGAAAAAGAAGGCCGAGUUCAAGCUACAGGGAAAAUAUUUAAACGGUCCUACAGAGCCCAUUAGAAUCCCAUCCGACAACAAGGAAACUACUUUUCUGCCUGCAAUUUUAAAACAAGCCUACUUAGCUCAUUUUUGUUGCAGGUAUUUGAAGAUAUGAAGAGCAAAAUUCAUACUCUUGUCUCCUACGAUGGCGGAGAUCAAGGAUAUUUGAACUCCUACUUUCCUGAUCUGAAAUACGCGCCAAUGUUUGAUGAAACAAAUAUCACGCAUCAAAGAUAUUCUUCCUCAUUCAUGAGGUUUCUUUCUCCUUUUAUCACUUCUUAUGAAAUUUUUGAAGGCUGGCGGCGGGAUAUAACUUUGACAUCGGAAUGUACUACCUCAACGGAGGAAAACUACCUGUUUCUCCAAAAAUCGUACAUUAUACGAUGGGACCUGUGAAACCCUGGCUUUGGUGGACUUAUCCACUUUUCGAUAUAAAUUAUCUCUGGCUAGAAACAAGGUAAAAUCAUGGAUAUUCCGCUCAAGUUUAUUAAAUUCCAGGUUCGAAAUGGAAGAGGCUCUCAACCUUCCCAGUCAAAACAUGGAAUUAAUACUUUUAGAGUUGGUAACUCUGACAAUCACAAUUUUUGCCAAACAAGUAAGAUAAAUUCUAAAUUUUUUUUGAAAGGGAUAUUAAAAGUUUAGCUCGUUGAACUGGUGCUUAGAGAGCGACUUCGCAAUGAAAAUGCAAAUCGGAACGAGAAAACAAAAGUUUCUCAUUUCAUUGUUUUGUUUUCUCUGUUUGUUUCCUGGAAACUCGUCCCAACAGCCCCACAUCCCGUUCCUUGCUGGAUCUUCUUUGGCUCAAAUACGGUAUUCAUUGAUUUUUUUUUACAUUUCGAGUCAUAACACUUUUUUGUGAAAAAAUGGGGAAUUUUUUGCACCUUUGAGGUACAAAUGGAAGCGAACUAGAAUACUUUUUGCUACAGCGUAAGAGAUCUUAAGAUGAGAAACAAAGUUCAUGGAUAUCCCCUUUUUGAGAGGUUUUUGAUUGAAUCAUUUCAGAUUCUCAUGUCACUUCUCCUCGCAUCAAUGUACAGCUGGCUUCGUUUGGGAGUCAGAACCACUUUAAAACGUCAUCUGGUCGUCAUCACCGUGCUGACGUCGUCGGCCGUUUGCUCCUGGCUUUUGGUGGCAAACGUCAGUUCUUUUGGAAAUCGAUCGAUAGCCGCCAUCCUCGUUAUCAUUUAUAACGAAAUGUUGUUCUCACUGUCGGUCAAUCGCUUCAUUUUGAUGCCAACGACAACUUGUGCCCGAUACGAACUUCUCUCGACUAGUUCAAAAAAUGCGGAGCCAUGAAAAAAAACAUGUUUUUUGCCAAACUGUUUUUGUAAAUAAAUGGAGUGAUUUCUUUCGGCGAAAAAAAAAUUCAUUUUGUUUUUCGAUCUCUUCAGAUGAUUACUGCAAAUGUCAUGAAAAUAAAACUUUUUUUUUAUCAUCAACAGCCUUGGAAAAAGUAUCCUUCGAUUGCAAUAAAAAUAAACGAGGAUGAAAUAAAUCAAAGCCAUCCCGCUCUCCGAUAAAUAACUGUGAGAACUUUGAACUUCUGAAGAAGGGUGGAAAUUGCGCCGAAUAUAGUCAGAAUACGUGUUGUGACGGUACCAAAUGGUCAAAACAGCAAACCUGUUUUUUCGAAAGACUUUUUUGUUAGAACUAUGCGCCUUUGUCCGUAAAUUCGGCCUGUACCAACUUCUUUGUCCUAUUGUGACAAUGACCCCUCUAACUGACUAUUUUAUUCCUACUAUACUCUAAGAAAAAAAACGGCUGAUCAAAACAUGUUGAAUACACAUACUUUUUAAUUUUCCAUUAAAAUUCUACGGUAGAAGUCUCUCGAAUAGUCAUCUUGUUGGAAAAAUGUUUUCACAAAUAUGAAAUGAUUAUUAACAGCAAACUUUGUUAGUGUCUGCUUCUUUAUUUUAGAAAAAGGAAUAUGAAAUGUCUCUGAGGAUCAUUUUUUUGAACUUUCAUACUACAGUCUAUUUCAAGUUUUUUUGUGCAACAAAAAAACCGUUCAUAACUUUGUAUUAUUAUCUGAUCUCUCAUAAAUAACUGAUCAGUCAGGACAAAAAAAGAAGAAAGUUAUAAUCAAAAGAAUCGGUCACACCUCGCAUUUACUUCAUGAUUCAGGGCGAGAAAGCGACAAACGCUUGUCCGCCGAUUCUCGUUCAACAAACAGUUCCUUCUCGUCACCGCAAAAAAAGACAACUGGACCCUUGUCUCGUGUUGGCCAAAGGGUCAAUCAAUUUGAUCAAAGAUUGGCAGUUUGUCCAGGAGUCGGUUUUUCAGAUUAUUUCAAAGAGUGACUCAACUUUUGACGUAAAACAUUCUAGAGUUAUAGAGAAACGAGUUGGGAGUGUUCUAAAUUUACACGACACAAAACGAAAACCUUUUUUUGCUAUGGUUCUCGUACUCAAGAACUUUUCAUUUCAAAGAAUAGAAAAUUUUUCAUGAAUCCUCAUUGCUGUGGACAAAACGAAUCAGAACUUUCUUGACUUGCCUUCUGUGGAAAAUAUUUAAACAGUACGAAAACCUUGAAAAAAGCGCACGGUAGGCCGAUAAUUCAAUUAACUGGCGCCAAAAUCUUUUUAACAAAACUUGCAAAGAAAACGGUUUGCCGUCACAAAUGGAACUUUUUUGGUUUGAAUGGUUUGAAUUGCAUAAAAAGUAUCAGCCACGAGUUUUAGGAUCUCGAUCACAAAUUAGUCUUUGAAAAAGUGGAAGAAAAAUUGGAGUUUGUGGUCUACUCAACUUUUCUUACCAUAACUCUGAAGAUGUUUGAACAAGCAAAACUGAUUUUUUUUUUAAAGAGCGCUUCAAACAACAGUGACUCAUAUUUUUAUUUUUUUUUUGAAAAAUGGAAGUCUGUAGUUCUAUCUGCCUAAGGAAAUACACUUUACUAAAUGAAAAAAGAAGCCUCAUUUUUCCGAUUUCUCUUUUCUAAAAAAAAAGUGGAGCAAUGAAGCUAUGAAAAAAAAAUCAAUCAAUCGAACCAUUUUUAGAGCAAAUCAAACGGCCUUUUUCGUAACUGCCUGGUCAACCGAGUUGAUAAAAAAGCCCAUUGUUUGGCUGACCUUGAAUAAUGUAUAGAAUCGAACUAUGCCACAACAACAAAAGGACAAUGUAGUAGACAAAAAGGUUACACAUUUGAAUUUGUUUCACUCUCCACGUCUUCAUCGCCAGAAGAGGUGGACGGUCGGUCGGGCGCGAUAAUUGUGGGCGGAGCGUUGUUGAUCGCCAAACGAAGAUUCCACAGAAGGGGCCCUUGGCUUCACUUGUCGUUCCUGCCUUCAACAAUGCACAAACCGGUAAGUACUCGAAAUAUUUUAAAAUAUGUACUAAUAAGAAAACCUUUGAAAAUCGAUUUUUUUCUUCAGGAUGAAGAAUGCAGUUACUGCAGCCUGACCAUCAUAGCUCUGUGUAUUGCCUUCAGCUCAGCUAUUUUAACCUUUUUCGUUGCAAGCUACAUGUACACGGGAGUCAACGAGAAGAUUGAAAUCCCAUCAGCGGUGAGUGGAAAAAUAAAUGUAUAAUACUGUAGAAAACUUGAAACGGCCUUUUUUCUGGUCAAUUCAUUCAAUUGAAAACUUUGAACCUCUUUCAAAAAAAUCGGAACUUUUACGGUUGGAAAUAUUUUUGUUGUAAACCUAGGUUUUCUGAGAACAAGAGUGCGGACCUUCGAAGUCGAACAAGAUAAUGGAAAAAUAUUUAUCUGCUCGAGUGAGCAAAAAAAAUUAUUUGACUUAUAAUCGACAUUGCCGCAAAAGAUGCCUAUCAGUUUUUGCUCUAAAAUGAAUACAUGAAUAUAGUGCAUCGUCAAAAUAAAUAAUUUUAAUUCAAAGACAAAUGAUUAUUCACAUCUAUUGUCUGACGUUCUUCAUGAAAACCUUCAUGAGUUACCCGCUAAAAUCAGCCUUGAAUCAACUAUGAACUUCUUCCGUUUGCUUCGACUGAAAUACCUCAUUUGAUCCCGGUUUUCGAGUACAUUGAUCGGAAAAUUGUGCUGAUUGUCAGCUGAUCUGUCUCGGUGGCCGCAAAACGUUUGUGUGGACGGUGCAGGCCAUCGUCACUGCCUCAAGCGGAGUCGAUCCAUCCAUCAUUUGAAAACGGAGACGACGUCUUCUAGCAAUCGAUAUGCAAUACAUUCCUCACGCCGCUGCGUCGUCUAUAUUUAGGUGUCAUUUUGGCUGACUUUCGGUCAUCACUGAACCUUGUCCCCUUUGGUUGUAAUGAGAUCGGCUCACAUUGAGAGCUCAAUUACUUUUUUCAAGAUUCUAUGGCCUCAAUCUGAUAAGAUUCAGUUGCAAAGUCAUAUCCCUUUGGACUAUAGGAUUCUCUGGUAGUUCGCUCAUUCAAAUUUUCUUUUACCUGCAAAAAAGAGCCUCAAAGAACUAUACACUACUUUUUUCCUGGACUAGCGGCAAAUAGAAUAUGAACACAACAAAAAACGCGUUGUUUUUUUUUUUUGCCGAGUACAAAAUCCACAUUUUCCGGUGUUUUUAGGUGCAUUUAUAUCAUGUGAUAGUCAUUUCUGAGUACAUUCCGCCUCAAACAACAUUUUGUUGAUAUUUUUGAAAACCAGUUCUUUGUCCAAAUUCGCCAUACCGAAAAUACCGAGAAACAAAAACCUUGUUGAUGGGAUAUCUCGGCUGGCAUUCUCGGUAGUCUCUGAUGUUUCGAGAGCGAAGCAGAGGCGCAAAGACGGCGCGUAAAGUAGCCGUGCGUAAAAUUUAUGAUGGCUGUAUUGCUGGUGAUUUAAAAAGGCGACUGAUCGUUCCAGCGCUCUCAGUUCUUUGAUCAGCAAGUCAGGGAUGAAAAGAAAAUCAGCUCAAACUUAUUUAUUAUAAAUCGAAAAAAAUCUGAUUAUAAAUUUCAAUUUUUUUCAGCUCAAAUCGUUUGGCUCGAAUCGAUUGGUCGUUCCACAUAAGGUAUUUAUUAUGCUCAGAAUAAAAAUUAGUUUAAUAACUUAUUCCAGAAAGUUAUCAUCGUGAAACUCGAUCUGCAAAACCGAUGUUACAUUAUGCCAGCUUACCUAGCAAGAGUUAGUUCAUUUUCAAGUUCUUUUGUAUUUUGUGAAACUUAGAAAUCUUGAAAGAAGGUUAUGAAUUUUCAGAAAAUGACCAGCGCGAAAUUCACGAUAGUGGACGAACCGCUGAAUCCCGAAUUUCUUCAAGAAAUAGCUGGAGAUGACGGCGUGGAUUUCUGUUCCGGAACUCCAGCUUACAUCCUCGAAAAACCAUUGCUUUAG